AUGGAUACACCGAAGAGGAACUUUAAGCAUCCUAGGAACCUCGUCUCAAAGAUGCCAAGAAACACCCCACACGACAUAAUACUCUAUGCACUCACCACAGAGAAGGCUGCAAGGUGCAUGGAGCAGUUCAACAUCCUGGUCUUCUAUGUGGAGAAGACCUCGACCAAGCCGGAAAUUAGAGAUGCCGUUACCCAGCUCUAUGGAUGCAAAGUCAAGAAGGUCAACACCUUGAUCAACAAGCAUGGGAAGAAGGCAUAUGUCCGAUUUGACAAAGAGGGAGACGCCAUUCAAAUCGCCUCUAAAAUAGGUGCAAUCUGA